UUGAAAGCAAAAAUACUGUAUAUACAAACCUUAUCUUUAUACUUUUCCUUUAUAUUUUCUGUCCCUGCAGUAUCAUGACAAAUAUUCCCCAAACAACUAAAUAUCCCAGACGGAGCAGAGAGAUAGCCUUUGGAAAUGUCAUCAUUAGCAUUUUCCCGUCUCGCAUGCCCGUCUCAUGUGGUACCGAUGUGUCUGAACUGGCGUAUUAACCUGUUGUCUCGUCUUUUGACAGGUAAUGUGUGGGAUUAUAUCAUGUCUGAAGUACAGGGAACGCUGGAGUUUUCUGUAGAGCUACACAAGUUUCACAAUGUGGAUCUCUUUCAAAGAGGGUUCUACCAGAUACGAGCAGGAUUGCAAGUCUCGCCCCGAGUUCCACACAGGUUGAUAACGACGACUCAAGAAAAUGCCGGCGACUGCAGCUUCAGCUCUGCGGGCGUUCGCGAUGGCACCGUGUUCAGCCGGAUAUUUCAGAUCCUUUACAGAAAUGAGGAGAUCGCGGUCAAUGAUUGUAUGAUGUUCAAAGUCCACCUGCUAUUGGACGGCGAGCGGGUGGAGGAAGCUUUGAGUGAAGUGGACUUUCAGUUGAAACUGGAUCUUCAUUUCACCGACAUUGAGCAACAGCUGGCAGAGAUCCUGACUGUCCCGCUGAUCAGCACUCGUACCCUCAGCCUGCACUUCCACCCGCACAAAGGCCUCCACCACCACGUCCCCGUCAUGUUCGACUAUUUCCACCUGUCCGUCAUCUCCGUGUCCAUACACGCCUCGUUGGUUGCCUUACAUCAGCCGUUAAUCAGCUUUGCACGGACAGGGAAGGGCUCCUGGCUGGGGAAGAGCUCCCCAGAGAGCACCAGUGAUCCGUCUGCCAUGUCUGUGGAGAACCUGGUGUUUGGAGCCGGCUACUGCAAACCUGUCAUCUCUGAGGGGAGCUUUUAUGUGCCCAGUGAAAACUGCCUGCAGAGAGUUCACACGUGGCACCGAAGGCUCUGUCGCCUCCUGUUGGCGGCUCACAGAGGGCUGCACACCUACUACACUGCACUGAUGAAGGAAAUCUCACAGCUGCAGCAGACUCCCUGUGACACAGAGGUGCGUCCAGUAGAAGAGACUCUAAAUCAGCUCAUGAUAGAACUACAGAUGCAGGAGGGCCAGGAGAAAGUAGCGGAGCAGAUCAGCCGGGACGUGAGCCAGCUCUGCUCCCAGCUGUCCGCUCUGUGGAGCCGAUUCCUGGACACCGCGGUGUUAAACCCCCACGUCCUCAGCUAUCUGGCCCAGGAGCACCACACGCUCAGGGUCAGGAGGUUCUCAGAGGCGUAUUUCUUCACCGAACAUCAAAAAGAGGCAGCUCUUACCUUUCAAGAGGAACUAAUCAACAGACACGGCCAAAUAGCCGCGGAGAUAAGAAGCUCAGACUACCUGACCAAAAUGCCUCCUUUACCCGUUGAGUGCCUGGACAUCGACGGCGACUGGAACAGCCUGCCUAUUAUUUUCGAGGACAGAUUUAUAGAGUCUCCACCUACAGACCUGGCUCCACACGAGCCAACGACCGAAGAGCAGAGCAACACAACUUCCAGAGAGGUUUCUAGAAGCAUCCCAGCAGCCGAUUCACCAGCGAUUCACGUGGAUCCCUUCGACGGGGACGACUGCAUCGAUCUGCCCACGUAUGUGUCCUUCGUAGCAGAGCAGAGUGACGGCCACACCAACAUCAGAAGGAUCCAGAGUCCGAUCCCUCCUGACGCAGACGCAGGGACUUUAAAAGGACCAGGUGACGUCGAUACCUGUGGAGGUGGAACGCUUCUGGUGCACGGCUCCAACCGCAGCUCACUCACGGCCUCUAACGACAGCAGCGACGAGUCUCCUGCUCACUACAGAACAAGGGCCGGUGCUGCAAACGCGCCACAUGUGGAAGACAGCGAAAACAAGGCGGAGGAGUCUGACAUCGCAAUGCCGUUGAAUUAUUCCAUUGAUGGGGACAGUGAGGACAUUCCACUCAUCAGCCUGUCCUCGUCCCAUGUCCACCACGUCUUAUCCGCCUCACCGGGUGAUCUGAAAAAAGAGUCUCUCUACCGCGGAGGCCUUUUGAGCUCUAAGAUCAUGAAGCGCUCGUCCUCCGUUAUCUCCGACUCAGGUAUCGAAAGUGAACCCAGCUCAGUGGCGUGGCCCGUGGAGGCCUCGCUGCGAGGCCGACCCCCGGUGGAUUGCUGCAGCGAGCGGGGGUUCUCACCGCAGAUUGUGGGUCGUCGCCCCAUCCACCGCAGCUCCCUGGAAGGCCUGCAGAUGGAGAGCAACGGCAGCCUUCCAAGCGCCGGCAUCCAGGCGUCACUCACCUCGAUCAGCUCUCUGCCCUACGAGGAGGACCAGCAUCAGAGGAAGAUCAGCAAACUGACCAAGUCUGUCUCGGCACCGCAGAUAAGCAGUCCAGAGGACAAUGAGGAGGACCAGGCGCUACUGGAACACACGGCAGAGAGUGUAGAAAAACACCAGGUGUCGCAGAAGAUCGGCUGCUCCAGUUUGACCAGCAAUUUAGAUUCUGACCACCCAGAAUCACCGGAGCUGGGAACAAGUUCAGCGUCAGAUUUUAGCUUUGUUGUUAGCUCUGAAACAUCAAACCAGGACAAAGGCAGACCCAUGAAAGUAUCAAGUGGUGUCCCUGAAGGGACGGGUUUGGACGAGUCAGCCAAAAACUCAGACCAUCGUCUGAUGGAAAGUGUUAUUGGCCGGAACGGGGAGAAUCUGAAUGAUCUGGCUCACAUCAGUGGGGUAAACGUCUCGCUAAUGAAUGUGCAUUUGAUCGAAUCAGAAGCGGGAUCGUGCCGGUGUGAAAACAAACCGUGUGGACACGAAUCGAAGAGCACCGAGAGCCUUGAGGACCAGGAGGAACUGAAGCUGUCGAACAACCUCCACGUGAACGUCAACGCCGCCUCACAGAGGCCCGGUGACCGCAGCGGACUGACAGACUGCGGUAAGAUACCAUCCAGUGACUCCCAGCCCAAGUCCUCAAAGAUCCCCAACUCAGGGCUGGCCUUUGUGAAUAAAAAGAUGGUGGAGGUGGUCAACAUGUCCGUGUCCUGCGCUCCGACCUGUCUCCCAUUCUCCUCUGUGCUGAGAGACUCCCCGUCCAUCAGCGGAAUGUCCAACCGCCAAGCUACCUCGCCGAUCACCCAUCAGCCCCUGGGCUCCUUUGGUAUCAUAUCCUCGACUUCGUUAAACCUUCUCAACAUGGACGAGGAAACCAAUGAGCGCAUGCUCAAUUUCUACAAGGCCAAAGAGGAGAUGUUCAAGGACCUGAGCUUUCAGGCCAGCUUAUACAGUGACCUUCCUCUCCUAGCGUCUGAUCUGCCCUAUUUCCCCCCCGAGGAGGACGACGAGGAAUUCGAAGACGGCAUACACCUCGUCGUGUGUGUCCACGGCCUGGAUGGAAACAGCGCAGACCUGCGGCUGGUGAAGACUUUUAUUGAGUUAGGCCUGCCGGGAUCUAGACUGGACUUCCUCAUGUCUGAGAGGAACCAGAGCGACACGUUUGCAGAUUUUGACACCAUGACUGACAGGUUGUUGGAUGAGAUCAUCCAGCACAUCCAGCUGUACAAUCUCACCAUAGCGAGGAUAAGCUUCAUCGGCCACUCUCUGGGGAACAUCAUCAUUCGCUCCGUGCUGACGAGGCCUCGGUUUCGCUGCUAUCUGCCCAGGAUGCACACUUUCCUCUCGCUGUCGGGUCCACACUUGGGAACGCUCUACAACAGCAGCACGUUGGUCAGCACGGGUCUCUGGUUAAUGCAGAAGCUAAAGAAAUCUGGAUCUUUGCUGCAGCUCACCUUCAGAGAUCACGUGGAUCCACGGAAAACGUUCCUCUAUCUCCUGAGUCAAAAACCAGGGCUCCAGUUCUUUAAGAACGUGGUGCUGGUGGCGUCUCCCCAGGACCGCUACGUUCCCUUCCACUCAGCAAGAAUAGAGAUGUGCAGAACGGCUCUGAGAGACAGAAGCACAGGACCCGUGUACACCGAGAUGAUCAACAGCCUUCUCCAGCCGCUCAUAGACGCCAAAGGAUGUCAGCUCAUCCGCCAGAAUGUGUUCCACGCGCUGCCCAACACGGCCAACACCCUGAUUGGCCGCGCCGCCCACAUCGCCGUCCUGGACUCCGAGCUGUUCCUGGAGAAGUUUUUUUUAGUAGCAGGACUAAACUACUUUAAAUGAAGGUGCUGGUCCUGCAGGCUAACGGGACAGGAGUCGAUAUGGAGCUAGCGUUAUCCGUAACCUUGUACAGUACAUAAUGAUGUAUAUAAUCCCACUAACGCAAGGGGCGAGUACUGCAUUAGUCGGGAGAUAUAGCAGCUAUUAAAAGGGUCACCAUGUACGUAUUGUAACCGUCUGUAAAUGAACUCAAGUCUAGGUAUUACAUGUAGCCGUGCGAAACAAAGCAUUUGACGUUGGGAUUGGCUGUAAAUGUUUUUUUUGGCCUUAUUUUCUCUUAGCAAAACAACUUACUAACGUCUCCCAAAGUAAGCAUUAGCCUCUCAGCUUCGAUGGUUGCUAGAAGCUCACUCAAGGUAUCCCAUUGAUUCCACACCGUCCUUCAGACCGAGGCGACGGACGCACGGCAUUUAUCGUUUCGACUGUACACGAUGUCACUACAAACAGAACACGUCCUUUUAUAUAGAGAAACGAUAUCGUUUGAAGUUAUUUAUUUUUUAUCUGCGAACGUAUCUACAGUGUAGGUAUUCAAUAUAUAUGUGAUGUCUGCGUGUUAUCCCUCAAACACAUCAGUGAGAAGAAUUGUAAUACACCGAGUACGGCACAGUUAAUGUACGUCGCCCGUUAGCCUAAAGCUUACGACUAUUAGCUGAAGGGGUUUUUUUUUUUGUUAGCCAUUAUUGCACACAGCUUUAGGGAGAGCAGUUGUAGCUUCUUCCUUCUUCUUCACGUCCACAUCCGGUGCAACAAACUACUGGUUUUAUUGUAUAAUUUAUUCAGCCAAAGUAUUGUUAUUUUGUGCCAAUGAAGUGGCAGUCGUUACAUCACCAGGGACUGUGUAUUAUAUUAAGUAACACAUCGACUUUGUGACUCAGUAUUAGAGAGCGUUUUAUUCGCUAAAUCAGCCGUCCGACUUUUCACCCGUCAAAACGUUUGAGACUUAUAUUUUGUUCCAUGACUCACUGACACGACAGCAGAGCGUUUUCAUUAACAUAUAAUGAAAAAAAAAAAACAUGCCCAUUCUUUUGGCACAGGCAUCGAUAUUUAGUCGUUAAUUAUCGCAUAGCACUUUAAAAUAUAUUUAUUUAUUCAUCUAUUUUAAUAGUGCGGUGAAUCAGGGUGACGUUACACUGGGUCCACUGCCGGUAACUCUCUCACAUUCUGGCCAUUGUAGCAAACCUGUUGUGUAAAUGACUUGUUUACUCCACCGACGACAUGAGUGUCGCUUUCAAACGUUUCUUUUUCUCUUUCGCCGAGAAAUACUUUCUCAUCGUCGUGCCGUCUAUCGGAAAUGUUUACUUUCUGGCAUCAGAGUACUGUUAUGACACACGUGACUGAGCGUCUGCUGUAUAUGCAGUUUGUACCUCCAGAGACCUAUAUUUAACCUUUGCACUGGUUUUGACGGCAAAUGCACUUUACCCACCUCCAGUCGGCCUCCGUUACGUUCGUCGAGCACCCCCCCCCCGGUCCAACGCGUUUUUUCGUCUCCUCUGUGCGUCUGCGGGCUGCCCCUUUGGUAAGCGCUGACCGCACCUGUCUCUCUGGCCAUUCAGGCAUUGUACGGCCUUGAAAGCGGGCUGUCUCGCAGAACCAGCAAUCGCACCACGGAGCGCUCUCCUCUCUAUAGAAACCGCCGCAAUGGAAGUGCACGGUAAGCAGAGUGUCACAGUGAUUGACUUUCAUCAAACACCCCCCCUCUGUAGGGCAGCUGGGGAAGGUUCACACAUUGUUCCUCAAACACACACACACACACACACACACACACAGUUUGUUUGCUUUUGCUUCUCACUGUACAUACAGAGUCAUGUGUGUUUACAGGAUUUAGUCGGUCGAGAUUCUCAGAUUGAGAUUCAAGGGCAAACAGAGGUGGAUUCCUUUCUAAGUUACAGUAUGCAUUAACGACGCGGUCGUAACCGGGGCGAUGACGGGUGCAAUCCAUACGUGCUAUAGAUCUGUGCAAGCGCCGCCAUCCUUCACAACCAGCUGACUUGAACCUUUUUUUUUUUUUUUUUGUAUUUGAUUGCCCUUUACUGCAAGCAAACACACUGACGUGUGUGUGUGUGCGCGUGUAACAUAACGUGUAAAACGUCCGAUCGUGUCUGAUCAUGACAGAAACAUGGAGUUCAUCCUGUGAUUCAUUGGCUGAAUGUACAGUAAAUAAUACUUCCUUUGUGCCAAUACUAAUAUUUUUCUAUGUACUCCUUUACUCGCUUGUGUUCUAUGUAUGUGAAUUUAUGAAUAGAAUAUAUGUAAAUAUAUAUAUAUAUAUACAUAUAUGUACAUAUAUGUGUAUAUAUAUAUAAGGCAAAAUCAUUAUAACAAA